AUGAGGGCAUCCAGCAUCCAAUGUUAUGUGGUUAGACUUUCGAAAAUACAAACCAACGUUGUCUAUGUGCACGUUUCUCAUCUAAGAUCAGUCAACUCUCCUUGUAGCAUAAUGGGAAUAACACAACAUACUUGGAAACAGAUUUGUUCAGGGUGUCCUAACGAAAAUGGAAAGUAGUUUCAAAAGCAACCAGGAAAAAAAAUCUGUUUUCGUGGCAACCUUGAUAUGUUAGUAGUGCAUAUUUUAAAAUUAUUUUAAUAUAUACAGUGCCAUAGCGAAACAUAUGUUUUUUGAAAGAACUCCCUAUAUUUUAUUGCAUAUUUGAAUAGGGCUUCCAAAAACAAGACGUUUGAUUUAAUUUAACAAAUAGUUUCGAUUAUCAAUACUAUGUGGCCAAACGUCUGCAGCUCCGCCAUUUUUGGAGAUAUUUAGAUAAAUGUUUUUUCACAAAAAUUGUAUUAUGAUGUAUAUCGUCAAAUGAUUUUGGGAUGAACUUUUUUUGAUAUGAGGCUUAUACAACUUUUUUCCAUUUUUUGUUAUUAAUUUCAAGAAAAACCAAAUACAUCUUAUUAACACAACAAAAAUAAUCUCAGCCUAAGGCAAUCAAUUAAUAAACUAACGAAUAUAUUACGUUGGUGCAAACCACACAAGGCUGUUGAAAUUAUCUUGCACGUCUAAAAGGGUUUGUCUAGGUAUCACCUUAUACGACUCGAUGUUUCAUGUCCUCUGGUGUUUUAGGUUUCUCCUGGUAAAUCUGAUUGGUCCACCUCUCCCUAGCCAACUAUCAGUACCCCAGCAGUCUAAAUACUCCCGUACUGCUCGAUUGUAAUGUGGUGGAACACCAUCAUGCUGGUACCACAAAUCUCUCCUAGUUGUUCAAAUUUACUUUCUCUAGUAAAAGAGGUUACCCAAGUUGCUGAAACAAUGUGGUUGGUUAAGGUGAGACGUGUGCGAAAGAAAAUUCAUUAUUUUCAUGGAAGAACUGAUUAAAAGUCAAAUGUGGAAUAUAUUUUUUGUUUCUUGGAAUUAGUAGCAAUAACCCGAAAACUGCGAAAAAAGUUGUAUAAACCUUAUAUCAAAAAAAAAAGGAAAGAUAUUUAAUGGUGUAGAAAUAUAAAGGGUGUUCCAUUUGACAUUUGUGAGAAAAGGUACAUUGCAAAAAUAUCUAAACAAUUGACAAUCAAAACCAUAUAUAUUCGAUAUCAAACUUCAUGUUUUCGGAAGAUCUAUCUAUUUAUGUCUUUUCCAGAUCGCUCAUAAAAUUUGGAGGUACACGCUCCCCCCUAAUACACGUUACUGAAAUCGGUUUUUAUUAAAUAACUUUUGAACGAUGCUGUAGAAUUCUAAUAAAUUUUGACAACUUAGUAACGAAAUAAUGAUUGCGUAUGUAACUUGUACUUGUUGCACGUCUUCUCGGCAAAGCACUUUUGUUACUGUUAGUCAGUUAACCUGCGGUGUAAAAUCGGGCCUUGAGAAAGUAGAAAUUCGUUUUCAUUUUUAAGCAUAAACAAUUACUAUGCAUUGUUGGUGAAUAUUGGAAGAGAAACCCACUAGGUAACCUGUAAGAGAGAAAUGUGCUACAAAGAACUUUCAUUAUUUUGUGCUGGUUUGAGAUAGUUAUUGAACAACUUUCAUGGAAGAAUAGUAUUUGACAAGACAUUAAAAGCAGUAUCUUUUUAUAUGGAAAACCGGAAAUUAUAGCUGGCUUACCGAUUAAUAAUUUGUUAACUCUAUUAUAUGCGAAUUUAUAUUAUUGAAAUUUGUGAGAUAAAUAUGAUUUUUUGUUGUUGCAUUGUUCAUGGUGUAAAUAUAUAAUUUGUUAUGUAUAUUGAGGAUAUGCCGCUGAAGAGAUAAUUGUAUAUUGAAUAGAACAGUUUGAAUUUUGUGAAAAAACGGUGGUUGUGUAUUAUUGAAUAUGUGUACCUAAGGGAAAAGUAAGAAAAUGACAGUUGUAGAUAGUAAAAGUGCCAUAUUCAGUAACUAAAUUGAAAUAAAUUCGCUAUAUUUCUUA